AUGUUCAAAACUACCAAGAGUUCAUCAUUUGAAGCGAUGCAAUCCCUUUAUUCUGACUCGGACGUUGAAGCUAACAAAGCGAAUGCACUGCUUGUGGGAACCAACUCGCCGAAUCCCACUUGGUUUCAUUUCGUCGUAUCGAUACACGCAAUUUCGGCCCUUAGUCUAUGUGUUUUCACAGUGCUGGGCUAUGUUGCCAGUACCAUUCCGAUGACACUUGUUGUUCUCUUCAUCUUCCAGACGUUCAUGGCCAUUCUUGGUCUUGCAGCAAUUGAACAAAGUCGCCGAGAUUAUCGUUCAUUAUAUAUUGCUGUAAAUAUUGUAACUGCUGGGUCAGCCAUUAUCUGGUCAAUAUUUCUUUUCAUAAAAAUGAAGGAGUACCCGAUAUAUGUGCCUGUUGUAUUCCUUAUCAUCGCGCUUUUCUCACUGCCUGCAACAAUUCUGUUGAUAUUUUUCCCUGAUAAAAGAAUACCGCAAAGUUUUGAAAAAGUCAUAUGCUUGGAUCUUUUCCCUUUCGCUAAAUUAUUCUGUGACACCAGAAUGUCGAAGAAGGCAAACACAAAAAGUAAGAGCAUUUUCAUGCAUAUGUUAACUGCUUCCACUUCUUUUUUCGGUGGCAAAAAAUUUGAUGACACGCGACCAAAAGGGAAGAGAGAAGUAAAUGCCGCGCAAUCAGUAGGAGUGAAGGAAGAAAAUUCCGUACAAUUAAUAGAAACAAAGGAAGUGAAUUCUAACGAAUCUCUGAAUGGCUCGAUAAAGUCUGUUGGAUCACAGGAUCAACAAAAGGAUAGCUCUAUAAUGAAAGUCAGUGCCAGUAUGACUGAAAGCGUACAACAACAGCAAAAUAUAACAGAAACAAGAAAUGAAGAAUUCCCAAAAAGAUCAAGGAUAGCAGCAGGGGCAGAAAGAGAUGUGAAAGAAGGCAUAAAGCCAGUUGUCCAGUUGGAAGAAAUAAGUAAUGAAACAAAAAACAGUGCGGUGUCGUCAUACGUGAAUCAUCCAUCAGAAGGGCAUUGCCUUGUGAUUGGUAGUAAUUGGCGUGAAUUUUAUGCCAUACCAAUCUUGAACGCAUGCAAUGUUCCUCUAUGCUCAACUGCUCGAACUGGUCGUGAUCGCUUCUGCAACAGACUGCUUAUCAAGAAGUGUCGUAACAAAAAAAAAAAACGCAAAAUUAUCCCAAAAUUUUCUCCACUGGAAAAGAAUAUAUUCGAACACAGUCCACAGAACAACGCCAAAAGCAAACUUUAA